UCCGUAUACUUUAACGUGCAUUUAAUCUUUUUUCUAUUUCUCUUCAGAAUAUUUACUCUUUUGCAUGAAUUUGUAGUUCACUUAUUAUGACUCUGUCCAGCAAGAAGGCCAAUUGUGGUGAUCACCUUGAUCGAAUCAGUGACUUCCCAUGUAAUGUCAUUGAUGGUAUCCUAGAACACUUAAACAUCCGAGACAUAGUUAGGACCAGUAUUUUGUCUAAAAAGUGGAGGUAUACAUGGAUUUCAUUCCCACGACUUGAGUUUGACAAAGAAUUUUUCAAUCAGUAUGACUCCGAGGGUCAUGUCGACCGUGGCCCUGAGGUUUCGAGCAUUAUCACGGAAGUUCUUCUUGUCCACAAUGAGCCAAUAUAUAAAUUUACACUUUUCAUCCCUUAUGACUUCAACAUCACAUUUGGAAACCUCAGUAAGUGGAUUCUGUUUUUGGCAGGGAAAGGUGUUAACUCUAUUAAGCUUUUGAACGAUAAACUGGAUUUCUAUCGAAUGCCAUCUCAUUUCUUCUCUUGUCAAGAAUUGACUCAUGUUCGAAUUUGCAGAUUUAACUUGUCAGUUCCGCCUAGUUUUUGUGGUUUUAAAAAUUUGUUGUACCUUCACGUAGAACGUAUUAAAUUUGAGUCUGGUGCACUUGAGAAUCUUAUUUCCAGCUCCUCAUCACUUGAAGAGCUCUACAUUGUACGAUGUUUUGGUUAUAAAUGUAUUGAUUUAUCUUCUUCUACUCUCAAGGUUUUCCAAAUAGAAUAUUAUGAUUUUAUUAUGGCGGGCAUUGACAAAAGCAAGGUAGCUUCUAUGAUCUACAGCAUAUACAAAAACAAUGGCAAAGGGAUCGGAUACUCUGAGGAGAAAUCCAAAGAGUACAGUCUCAAAAGCUAUUGCGAUUGUAUUAAGGAUGGAUUGAAAUCCACCUUUGUGCUUGAGGGUACUGAUGCUGUAACUGCUGUUCAGUCAGAACCUGAAGCCUCUGACUACAAGGAUCAAAAUUCUGAAAAGAUCAGAACCUGUUCCUCAGAGUCUGAUCAAACCAGAACCUAG